GCAACUGUGACUAUAUAAGUCCAACAUGCAAUUAAUCCAAACACAACUAACACAACAAAGAAAGCAGAGAAAGCAGAGAAAUUCAAAUAAUUGGAGUAGUAGUCAUGUGUUCUUCGUCUGGGUUUUUAUGGUCUUCAACCGCAGAGGAGGUUACUCAAGGGAUUGAUGGAAGUGGCCUCACUGCUAUUGUUACAGGAACAACCCAUGGUAUUGGCACUGAGACUGCAAGAGUUCUUGCACUGCGAGGUGUUCAUGUGAUUAUGGGGGUAAGAAAUAUGAUUGCUGGAAAAAAUCUCAAAGAAGCAAUAAUUAAGGAGAUUCCCACAGCUAAAGUUGAAGCAAUGGAGCUAGAUCUUAGUUCAAUGGAUUCAAUCCGGAAAUUUGUAUCAGAGUUUAAUUCUUCUGGUCUUCCAUUGAACAUCCUCAUAAACAAUGCAGGAAUUUGUGCAGCGCCUUUCACACUGUCCAAAGACAACAUUGAACUACAGUUUGCCACUAAUCACUUAGGUCAUUUUCUUUUAACAAAUCUUCUAUUGGAUACUAUGCGGAAAACAGCACGUGAAAGCAAGAAAGAGGGAAGAAUUGUUAAUCUAUCCUCUGAUGGUCACCGUUAUAUAUAUCCUGAAGGAAUCUCUUUUGAUAAAAUUAAUGAUGAGUCAAGCUACCAGAGAUGGAAGGCAUAUGGUCAAUCAAAGCUUGCUAACAUUUUACAUGCCUAUGAACUUGGAAGACGUCUCAAGGAAGAAGGAGUAGAUAUUACUGCAAAUUCUCUUCAUCCGGGAGCGAUUAUCACCGGUAUUGUAAAUCUUGAGGUUGGUCUAACUAUGCCAGCCGAGAUGCAUACUGUGCUUGGGAAAUACGAGAUUAAAAGUGUCCAGCAGGGAGCAGCAACAACAUGCUAUGUAGCAUUGCAUCCACAAGUGAAGGGGAUUAGUGGCAAGUAUUUUUCAGACAUUAACUUGGCUGAACCAAGCUCACAUGGAACAGACACUGAGUUGGCAAAGAAGCUCUGGGAUUUCAGCAUGAAAUUAACUGAAUAGAAUACUCAAAACUCAAAAGCAUUUGUCAAUGCAGAUGGAAAACACUUCUCUAUUGAAUGAAAAGUAUUAUGAUAUAAGUAUCUGAUUAUUGCAUUCUAUGCCUCUAUAUGGCAUUGAACCUAUAUGUAUGGUGUUAUGAAACUUAUACUUGAUGGCGCAUAGCAUCAAUGUUCAUUAAAUUGGAAAAAUGAAAUUUUAUUUUUAUCU